GUCGUAUCACCGCUCUUCGAGAACACUUCUCUUAAAGCCGCGCCUAGUAUCGGAAUACUGGGUCUCCAAAUCUCGAGCGAUUGCCAAUUCCGUGGCCAUCUGGAGGGCAAAGCCAAAUUGGCUUCGAAGAAGCUGGGCGUCAUCAAUAGAGCACGGCAAUACUUCAAGCCGGCCCACAUUCUAGCGCUCUACAAAGCGCAGGUCCGGCCACACAUGGAGUAUUGCUGUCAUCUCUGGUCUGGUGCACCCCAGUAUCUGCUCGAUCCAUUUGACCGCGUGCAACGUAGAGCAGCCCGAAUUGUCGGGGACUCAGUGCUCUGUGAACGGCUGGAUCACUUGGCGUUGCGUCGAGACGUCGCUUCAUUGUGUGUCUUCUACCGCAUUUAUCACGGGGAGUGUUCCGAAGAGCUGUUUAACCUGAUUCCUGCCGCCGAAUUUCACCAUCGCACGACACGCCACAAGUUAGGAUAUCAUCCCCACCAUCUGGAUGUGUGGCGGUCCUCCACAGUGCGGUUUUCAAGAAGCUUUCUCCCUCGUACUACAAAGCUGUGGAAUGAGCUUCCUUGUGUGGUGUUUCCGGGACGAUACGACAUGGGUACCUUCAAAAAAAGCGCGUACACCUUCCUUAAAGGCCGGCAACGCUCUUGUGAUUCCUCUGGUGUUGCA